UCCUCAGAAUACUUUAAUUGUGCGUAGUAGAAGAAUCUUAAAUUUCACUAUGAUCAGAAAUCCAAAUUACUCGAGUUUUGUUUGCUGUGCCGUUUGUAAUAAAAUAAUUCCACCAGCACCUGUUGGGGAAACCUUCAAACGGAUCCAUGAAUACAAGCCAUUUAAGACACGCUUUUAUACACACAAAGAUAUACUGGAUAUUGGGGCAAGUAUUCAGAAUAAAGAAGAGCAAUUUCAAGAAGCUAUACUCAAAGAACGUAUUGCAAAAGCAGAAGCUGAAGUGUGGGCUAAGGCCAAGGAACUCCAAAAACAAGCAGUGGAAAAAGCACUUGAAGAAGCAAAUGACAAAUACAGAAUUGAUCUUCUAAUUGUGGAAGAGAAACAUCAAAAAGAGAUACAGGAUGUAGUGAAUAAAACCAGGUUAGAGAUGCAUCAAAACAUGGAAGAAGAAAUGAAGAGAGAAAACUUGGCUGCAGAACAACGCAUGGUCCACAGAAUCCAAAGAAUUAUGAUGGAAUGCCACAGGGAGAAGGUCCAGGCUGUGGAGUUAGCCAGGGCUGAGGAAAGACAGAAAGCCCAAGAAGAAAUCCAGGCCCAGAGAAGGAAGGCCAUGGAUGAACUUGUGAGUGCUGGUGUGUCCAUUGUUAAGGAUCAGAGGAAGAGUGUGGAUCUAUUGAUAAAGGAAAAAGAACAGGAAAUGAACAUCUACUAUGGCAUGGCUCAUAGGCAGAAGCAAGAAGAGGUUCAGGAAGUGCUUCAAGAAGCAGAAAAAACACAUCAAGCUACACUUGGAAAUGUGAUGGAUAAACUGGUUAACACUCAAGGGGAGCUGUUGUCCAUAGCAAAACAACUGGGAAUCAUGACAAAUUGGAAAGAUUUUCUGGAGGAGGAAUUAGAGGAAACCAGGGCAGCAUUUCAAAAAUACAUCAAUUAUACUUUUCCUUCGCUUUCACCAGGGCAUGCCGAUUUUAUUCUGCCUGAAAGAAAGAAAACACCUUCUGAUCUUGCUAUUACAGGAAAUAACUCCUAAAUAGAAAUCUUCAACCGGGAUUUCACAACAAAAGAUAUCAUUCCAAAGACCAAAUAAAUUCACUCAAAAAACAUUUAUUGAUCCCAGUUAUGUGCAGUGUACUACUGGGUUGUAAGCAUUUUGAGGUAAAACGAAAAUAUUCAAAAGUAGGCUAAAAUAUUCAAAAAUUCCAGGCUACAGUGAGUGCCAAGUCUAAAUGAGGAGAGAAGACAGCGAGAGGGAUCAGAGCUGCUUAGGAGGGAAAAGGUUACUUGGAGGAAGUCUAAACACUUCUGGAUCUGUUGUACCCAUUGCUACAUCAUCCAUGUAACCAUUUUAGUGUUUGCUGGAGUUGAAAGCAAGUCAAGGGGCAUGUUCUUAUACUGUUACCGUGGUCGAGAAGUGUGUUAAUUUCCAAUAUAGAGAUUAUUAUUUUGUGAAUUUCGAAAGUAUUGUAGAUAAAUAAAUUUCCCUCAAAUUCAGUAGGAUUAAAUUUAAAUUAUGGAGCCCCCAUAUAAAAUAAUUUAGAAAGAACUCUUGUAUUUGCCAGUUGUGUAAGAAAAAAAUAUGUCUUUAGACCCCCUGCCUCUAGGGGAGGGGGGGGGUCCUCUUGUGUUCGUAUCCAAACCCAAGGAUACCUUGAACACAUCUCUUUUGGGUCAAAAUACAAAACAAAACAAAAAAAACCUUUAAGUACUCCAAUACUCAGGACUAGAGCAUUUUAACAUCUACUAAAUUGAAGAAAGUCCAGACCAUAAAUCUAUCCACUAUAACGAACAUCCUUAAAUUAUUAAUCACUGACUUGUACUGGUUGUUUAAAAAUUUAAAACUCAGAAAGUAGUUUUCAGUACAUUAAAAAUAUAUAUUGUUUUUGAGCAAGCCUCAGGCAGAUUUGUUUACAAUGACCAUUCUGGGAUUUCCUAAGGGUGCAAGUAGCAAUUUAUUUACAAUUGCAUAAUGAGCUAUACUGUCCUUAGUGUUUAACUCCCUGAUACUUCAGGACUAAGUGACGCCCUAGGGACUGAAAGUAAUUGCAUUUGUAUAGUGCUUUACACUGCCUUUUCAUGUACCUUCUUCUCAGAAUAAACUGUGAGACA